AUGGGAAAAGAAAAAAUUCAUAUCAACAUUGUCGUCAUUGGUCAUGUCGAUUCAGGUAAAUCUACUUCAACUGGCCAUUUGAUCUACAAAUGUGGUGGUAUUGAUAAACGAACCAUCGAAAAAUUCGAAAAAGAAGCUGCUGAAAUGGGUAAAGGUUCAUUCAAAUAUGCUUGGGUAUUAGAUAAAUUGAAAGCUGAACGUGAACGUGGUAUUACAAUUGAUAUUUCACUUUGGAAAUUUGAAACAGCAAAAUACUAUGUUACUAUUAUUGAUGCUCCUGGUCAUCGUGAUUUCAUCAAAAAUAUGAUUACUGGUACAUCACAAGCUGAUUGUGCUGUUUUGGUCGUUGCCGCUGGUACUGGUGAAUUCGAAGCUGGUAUCUCAAAAAAUGGUCAAACACGUGAACAUGCUUUACUUGCUUAUACCUUGGGUGUCAAACAAAUGAUUGUUGCUGUCAAUAAAAUGGAUACAACUGAACCACCAUAUUCAGAAAAACGUUUUGAUGAAAU